AUGGCGUCAAAGGGUUCUGAAGGUGGAAAUGCAAGCCAGGGUGGUUCCGAGACUAGUUUUGGGAGAAGGCGAGGAAAGUGCAAAUGGUUAAAUGUUGCCAAAGGAUUGGGUUUCAUCACUCCCAACGAUGGUGGCCAGGAUAUGUUUGUGCAUCAGGUAAAAAAAGUGAAACUUUUAUACAUAUAUCUAUACACAACUGAUGAGUUGAAAAAGUGUUACAACUGUGGCCAAUUCGCCAACCACAUCGCAGCAAAAUGCUCCCUUGGGCCUCAGCCCAAAAGAUGCCACAACUGCAGCAGCGAGGAUCAUCUGAUAGCCGACUGUCCUUCAAAAACCGAACAAAAGACUGAUUCGAUUGAUUCGACCAAAAACGGAGAUACUCCUAAAAAGGAAGACGGAACAACCGUACCCUCCGCUCCAGAAAAAACGGAGGAUUAGAUUCCUAAUCUCCGCUCAUUUUGAAGAGAAUCGAAGAAUCAAUUCAAUGCCUGAUGAGAAAAUGUCAUGGAGAGAUUUCAUCAGAAAAUUCUUCA